AUGAAAAUAUUUUAUGAUAUUAAAGAAAAUCUUUUGAAAUGGCUGUUUUCUAAAGGAAGAGAAUUUAUGUGGCUUGUCUUCUCAUUUUUGAAGUCCAGAGAGGUAUGUAAUUACCCUCUUCAUCAGCACACACUUUUUGCCCCCCAAAUACUGCCUAUUAAAAAUGGUCAGGACAAAAUUGACAAGUGUGGACAACUUUGGUCCUAUUUGGCACACACUGUUAAAGCAGCAACACUCCCGUGGCAGUUCUUUGCUCCUUGCUUAUUGUUUUCCAAAAGAGCGCAUGGGAUCAAGGAUGGUGUUGGGGCACCUGUACCACCCCUAGUAUGCUUUUGA